CUGGUGCGAUAAGUUGAAGUGAGAAAACAUAUCUCACUUGUCUCACUUCAACUUAUUGCACUAAGUUCAGCAGUGCAGCAGCAAAGAACAGACCGAAGGAAAAUGCCGGCGUGGCUGCUCUCACGUUUCUCCCCGGCGUUGUGUUGUCAUUAUAUUCUCAUUUUAUGUUGGAUGAACGAUCAAGGUUGAAUAACGCGAUAGCGCCGAUAACGCGCUCCCCGAUCGCAGCAUUUAUCUUAAGUGUUGAACGAUGCUUGUCUUGAGUUUAAUCUAGGAAGAGUUUUGUAUGUCACCGAUGACUAAAGAAACCAUUGUAUAAUGAAAGUUGUAUAAAAAUUAUAUAAUAAAAAAAUCCGUAUAAUAUAAAAAAUAAACAACUGAUAAUUUAGGUGAGGAUUUGGGGCGUGAAACAUCGUCCGAAAAGUAUAAGUCAAGUGUUCUGCUGAGGCCUUAGGAUUAUCAGUGCCUAUUUAUAGACAGUAAUUGAUAACGGUAUUUUUUUCACUGUUUAAUACUCGCCCGAUACAUUCAUUUCACCUCCUUCGGUCUCGGUGUUAGCAUUAAUUCUCAAGAUGGAAAAGGUGCCUUUGGAUUCAGACAAGCUGAAAAUUACGAAGAGGCCGCUACAUCAACCACCUCUCGAUGAAUUAAUGAGUGUUUUGAGAGAAGGAUUGGCUGCAAACUUCGAGGAAGUCAGUGUUGAGCUUGGUACUUGUCCACAAGACUGCGAGAGGAAGCCUAGUCGAUAUGAUUUAUGCGGGAAUCCGAUUAUUCUGGGGAUCGGCGGCCCGGCGUACCUCCUGCCUCUUCCCCAGAAGGACAAGUUGUACAAUAUUGAAGGGAUACUGCGCCGCAUAGAUUACCGUGGAAAUGCUUUCGUUAUAGGAGCGGGAGCUGGACUAUGGCCGCGUAUAUCCGAUGGUGGUAAUUGUGAAGCUGUUGUACACCAUCAUAUAGACACACGGGUGGGUUCGGUGAUAAACAAUUCGCGUUACGCAUAUGUGGAUAAAUCUACCGGAGAAUGUGUGGUUCCUCAGCAAAUAGGUGAUAAUGAACAGCACCAAGCGAUUAUGCCGUUGUUGGCUGAUUUGUAUGUGAGCGAGGGUGAACCAGGCACGGUUGUAAAAGUAUGCGCCAAAACGCGCACCGGAAAGUCAGAUUUUAUAACAAGUAUGCAGAAGGCAUUAGCAAAUCAUUACAAGGACAAGCUUGUUGGUUUAGGUGGUAUGUUUACUAUGAGGAACGGAAAGAUAAGACAGCACGUUAUGCAAGAUUAUUCAGAUAUUCCAUUGACUACUGAGGCCAAACUUAACAAUUGGUUACGUUUUUAUGAGAUGGAAACUCCUCUGACAGCUGUUGGCAUAUUUGUCAGUGCUGAAACGGACUUGGAUCUCAGGGUUCAACAUUUCCAUAGUUACGCUCAUAACAAUAAAGAAGCGGGACAUUAUCAUAUCGAUACAACACCGGAUACUAUCGAGUACGAGGGUUAUUUUAAUGUAGCGGGUACAUUUUAUCGCGUCGACCAACCACCCAAUAGAUUGCAGUUUGGGAAAGACUGAUUGCGCGUAAAAUAUAUGUAGCUCGAAUGUAAUGGGUAAUAUUUUAUCAAGAAAUUUUACAGUAAGUUAACGAAAUUGCUGCGCCAAAAGAAUACAGAAGAUAUACUAUUUUUGUUACAUAUAAUAGAGCAUCUCUUAGAAGAUAUUUGACGUGGUUGUUAAGUUUCUAGAGAUAUUAUUUUAUAAUCGUUUUAAACUAAUCUCUCAUCAAUUAACUUUUUAUUUUUCGCGCGCGCAUGCGCGAGUAACCAACAAUAA